CUGCCGUCCACCCGGGGCACCCGCGGCGGCCGUCGCCGCCGCCGUCGCUGCGGUCUCACAAAGAGCGCGGAGAGGGAAGGCGGCGCGGGCGGCGGGCACGGGCCUCCGGCUGCCGAGACAAAAGGGAAACUGCCACCGUUCCGGACGACUGUUCCGAGUCGCCGUGGGCUCGUCCUGCCGGCCCGGGCUGCCUCCCCGCCUGGGUCCCCGCGGGCUGUGCCCGCAGUGCUCGGACCCCGCGGGCUGCGGGGCGCGCGCCGCUGCUGCUGCUCGGGGCUCCAGGGGAUAAUAAAUGAUAGAGGAUACAAUGACUUUGCUGUCUCUGCUGGGUCGCAUCAUGCGCUACUUCUUGCUGAGACCCGAGACGCUCUUCCUGCUGUGCAUCAGCUUGGCUCUGUGGAGUUACUUCUUCCACACGGACGAAGUGAAGACCAUAGUCAAGUCCAGCCGGGACGCCGUGAAGAUGGUGAAGGGCAAGGUGGCCGAGAUUAUGCAGAACGAUCGCCUCGGAGGACUUGACGUGCUGGAGGCCGAGUUUUCCAAGACCUGGGAGUUCAAGAGCCAUAACGUGGCGGUGUACUCCAUCCAGGGCCGGAGAGACCACAUGGAGGAUCGGUUCGAAGUUCUCACGGAUCUGGCCAACAAGACGCACCCGUCCAUCUUCGGCAUCUUUGAUGGGCACGGCGGCGAGACUGCAGCGGAAUAUGUGAAAUCCCGACUCCCCGAGGCGCUUAAACAGCAUCUUCAGGAUUAUGAGAAGGACAAAGAAAACAGUGUUCUGUCUUAUCACACCAUCCUGGAGCAGCAGAUCUUGUCAAUUGACCGAGAAAUGCUAGAGAAGUUGACCGUGUCCUAUGAUGAAGCAGGCACUACAUGUUUGAUUGCUCUACUAUCAGAUAAAGACCUCACCGUGGCCAAUGUUGGUGAUUCUCGAGGAGUCUUGUGUGACAAAGAUGGGAAUGCCAUUCCCUUGUCUCAUGAUCACAAGCCUUACCAGCUGAAGGAAAGGAAACGGAUAAAGAGAGCUGGUGGCUUCAUCAGUUUCAAUGGCUCCUGGAGGGUCCAGGGGAUCCUAGCCAUGUCUCGAUCCCUGGGAGACUAUCCACUGAAAAAUCUCAACGUGGUCAUCCCAGACCCAGACAUCUUGACCUUUGACCUGGACAAGCUGCAGCCUGAGUUCAUGAUCUUGGCAUCAGACGGCCUGUGGGAUGCUUUCAGCAAUGAAGAAGCGGUUCGGUUCAUCAAGGAGCGCUUGGAUGAACCGCACUUUGGGGCCAAAAGCAUCGUUCUGCAGUCCUUCUACAGAGGCUGCCCUGACAAUAUUACAGUCAUGGUGGUGAAGUUCAGGAAUAGUAGCAAGACGGAAGAGCAGUGAGCCCUGCAGGGUCUCUGCUGCCCCAGACUAAAGGACUCUCUACACACUGCUCUCUUAACAUAGUAAAAAGGUGUGGGGAAUUAUAAUUAGGAUCAUGUGUCCCAACCCAGAACCCCCCUCCCUGGCAGUCUUGAACCCCUUCUGAGUUGUGAGCGCUGAGGGUCCCCUGGCUGCCAUCGCUGAGAGGCUGCAGAGAGUGUUUGUUUCCCAGCCCUUCUGCCAGUGUCUGAAAUGUGUACAUAGGUGGCCAUAGAUCCCACAUAGGAGGCAAAGGGAAGAUGGGCCAUGUGUUCUCCUUCUUAGUGUUCUUUCGGUGAUCUCUUCUGUGGUCCUUCAGGCACCUGCCCUGGGAUCCUCUGCAGCUGUGGGCGGGGCAGCCCAGUUACUACUGCAGGCAUCCCCAGAUGAUGUGGCUGCUGAGCCCUCCCUCCGCCUCGCAGCCGUUUCCUAGGAAAUGCUUUCCAUUCUGAGCUUGUGUUCAGUACUCCAGCAGCCUGGAAGGAGACGGGCAGCACUUUCUUAUCCCUUGUCUGCUCCCCGAGACUGAAGGAUGGAAAGCCAGACCUCGCCCCCUUCUGUUUACUCCCUUCAUUAAUUUAACAGAGUCAGAACACAGUUAGGCAGCCCCAAUGCCUCUCCUUGUGGAGCACAACUCUACCAUUUUGCUCACACCUCACCUCAGAGGCAGCUGCUGACUUCACCACAAGACCUGAGUUUUUGUCUCACCUUCCCAAGCACCCACAGAAAUUGAAUGGAGCGGGGCGGAAAGCACCUCACAGUGCUGUGUAACCCUCCAUCUUCAGUGAGGAAUAUGGCUUCUGAGAGAAAUCAGGAGCUAGGGAUCACCUGACCAGCUGCUGGCUUCUGCACAGCCCUUCCCAAGCCUGUCUUAGUAGCUUUCACGUCUUUCAAGCAGUGUUGGGAGACGCAGCAGCCUAGAGUCACCCAGCCACCAUAGGUUGGUAUUUGAUGGCAAAUGACUGGGACAUGCUUCCUGGCAAGAGGAAGGCCAUUCAUCUUUGGUUGCAAAUCUCUGUCCAGACCCAGUACCCCUUCCCCCACUGCCAGCAACCUCAAACUGACUGCUGAUGCCUGCAGGGAAAACAGCAGACGGGCUACUGGGGACCUGUGUGCACUGCCAGAGCUGGUGGGAAAUUCAAGCAACACAGAAUUGGGGGCCUGGAUUGCUGCUCUCCCCUUCCAAACACCAAAGUUGUGGGGUUUUUACCCACCCCCCAGUCUCUGUACUUCACAAGUUAAUUUAUAGAACAUAUUUGGUUGUCCUUUUUGACUGAAUGAACCCACCCCAAACAGCUAAGAUUUUCACUGCAGACCCACACUCAGAGCCCGUCUUGUUUUGUCCUGUCAGUGGGUGUUUGUCAGCAUGGCCUCUGAAGGCCCACUCGUUAACCAUCCCUACCCCAUUGCCCAGCCCUCUGUCCUUCAGCUGUGUACCUUGCCCAAAGCCCAGGACAAUGAGAGAUUGGAGAAUGAAAGAUUAAUUGGACUCCAAGGACUAAAACUGUCUCGACUCCUCCAGGAACUUGCUUUUCUUUGACUGCAUCAAGAAUUAAUAAUGGCUUCCCAGGAAGCCAUCUUACUUCCGUAUCCUGUGUUUUCAGCAUUGGGGUUAGGGUUUCCGUUACUGCUUCUCAGAAUGCUGCAGUAUGACAAUGCACUCUUUCUUGUAAUACUGAAGAUUGGCGUGUGGAGAGGCGUGGACGCACGGAUGUGUGUUAUGCGUCAAGUGGAAGGGGAAAGGAGCCAGUUCAGUCAGUGAUGGACAUGAGCUUGUUGGUCUGGGGUGUUCUUGCUCUAGAAGUCCACGCAGCCCUUAUUCUAACUGAAGGUCCUGACUUCAGAGCCUAUGUGGUCAACUUCUCUUCUUUUGUAUUUGCUUAACGCAAAAGUGUAUAACAAGAGGAAAGAAAUAAUUUGAGAAACAUUUUUAUUGUGAAAAAAAAAAAAGCUGUUUUGGUGAAGAAGAAAGGAAAGCAGAAAGCUAACCAAAUUAGUCCAUUGGUAGCCCUCGAGCAAGCAAGGUUUCUUAACCAGCACUGCUGACUGCACUAGCUACAAAACCUUCUAACUGAGGUUUAUGGGUAACUUGUAAACUUUGCUCUGGAAAAGUAACUUAUUAUUUCUAACUAUAACCAAAUAGAAUAUACAUAUAUAUACACAUAUACAUUAUAUAAUAUGUAUUUAUAUAUAUGUAUAUCAUACUCCUUUCUUGCCUCUUA